AAAGACGGGAGAGGGGGUGAGUGGAUGUAGCUCUAGCUGUGGGCCGGGGGGAGAGCUACCUAGCCCGGGCUGCUCUGCCGAAACAUCCAUGGGUGGCUGUGUCGGGAGCCACCACGACUCCUCGGGCAGCUUAAACGAGAACUCUGACGGCACUGGAGUGGCUCUAGGGCGUAACCAGCCCCUGAAGAGAGAGCGGCCUAAAUGGAAAAGUGACUACCCAAUGACUGAAGGCCAGCUGCGCAGCAAGAGAGAUGAGUUCUGGGAUACGGCGCCAGCAUUCGAAGGCCGGAAGGAGAUCUGGGAUGCGCUGAGGGCUGCAGCCAGCGCCUUUGAGAGCAAUGACCACCUGCUGGCUCAGGCCAUCCUUGAUGGGGCCAGCAUCACACUGCCACACGGAGCUCUGACUGAAUGUUAUGAUGAACUGGGGAAUCGUUACCAGCUGCCAGUUUACUGCCUCUCUCCUCCCGUCAACAUGAUUGAAGAGCACUCUGAGGAGCCUGACGGUUCAGAUCCAGACUCCGGGGCCGCAGACCCGUCUACGGGCAGCGCCAGCGACCCUGGCUCGGGAGGAGAGUGCCAGCUUCGGCUCCGGCUCUCCACAGGUCGUGACCUCCGGCUAUUGGUCCGUUCCACAGACACAGUGGGCAUGAUGAAGCGGCGUCUGCAAAGUCACGAGGGCGUGCCUGCCACAACCCAACGCUGGUUUUUCUCAGGUCGGCCACUGACAGACAGGCUGCGCUUGGACCAACUCAACAUCUCCAGGGACUAUGUAGUGCAGGUCAUCCUCAGCCAGCCGCCACCGCCAGAGCCGGUAUCAAUACCAGGACACACACAAGAUGCCUCUGGGCCAGUGGCAGUGGAAGGAGUGGCUGCACUGCCACAAGAGCCUGUGGAGAACUAACUCCCCCCCAACCUGGCAGCCUGGAAGUGGGCGUACCAGCAGGCUAACAGCAUAAAGGAGGAUAACAAGGGAGAAAAAAGAAUGAAAUUCUCUUCCCUUCUCUUCUGUUCUCUUCUGUAGUUGUUUUUGCUGGGAAGGGCUUUGUUUGGGCAGAAGAUGUCUGUCGGAGCAAAAGGAUUCUUAAAUUGAGAAAAGACUCUUCCUUUUGAUUUUACAUGUCGAAAUUUUGACCUUUUUGAAGUCUUUUUAACUGUUCCUAUGGAAACCAAACAACAAAAGAGGACUUUGUCAGAUGGCAUAAAGGGUUUUCUUGGCAACACUGAUGUUCAAAUGUUUAUGUGUUUCAGUUUCCAUUCAAGUUCUACUCGCUGGCAAAGCUGGGUCAGCAGAAUUCUGUUAUGAGGCUACAGGGUUAUACAUUUAUCAUUUUGUUCAAAACGGCAGUUAGAGAGAAAGGAAUACACAUAGUUUAACAAUCGUGACAGUUAUUCAGGCAAUUAUUCUUAAUUAUAUGUGAAUCAAAUCAAGAACAUUUCCUCACUUGGAGAUUAAGUCAGUAUGCUAAGAGCUGUAAACAGUAAAGAGGUUGGAGUUAGGGGGCAUGACAAUGUUUUACCAAGCUGCCACUGGAUUAGAUGCUUUAUUUCACUCUGCUUCACAGAACAAUCAGAGCAAUCAUGUAAUAAAUAUUAAGUAGUCUGUGUGUGUUUGUGUGAGAGAGAGAAUAAGCGUGUGUGCGUGGAUGUCCAUAAAUGUUUAAGAUACAACCACACUUAUUCAUGUGGCAAAAGGAUGGAACAUCAGAAACACAGUUGCGUAUUUUGAUUAAAAAUAGAACGUUUUUAAUUAAAAUUGAUCAUUGUUUCUA